UCCGCCUCCUGCUCUCGUUCCUCGUUCAUGCAGAGGACGAGCGCGGCCCCCCCUCCCUUCCAUCGGUCUGUUAUCUACCUUUAGAGUGUCAGGAAGACAUCCUAUUCCACUCCUGGAGCAAAAGAACUGAGAAGCCAUGGCAGUGUCUUCGGAGACCACAGCGCGGUCUUUCAUCGUUGUCUUCCUCCUCGCCGUCCUGGCCGCCACCUGUGAGGCUCGCCAGGCCAACAGCGGUGGAGGGGUGACCUACGAUGGCCGCUCUCUGAUCAUAAAUGGGAAGCGAGAGUUGCUCUUCUCGGGGUCCGUCCAUUAUCCUCGAAGCACACCUGAGAUGUGGCCAGAUAUCAUCAAGAAGUCCAAGGAAGGAGGGCUGAAUGUGAUCCAAACUUACGUCUUCUGGAACGGUCACGAGCCUCAAUAUGGAAAGUUCAACUAUGAAGGGAGAUACGACUUGGUCAAGUUCAUCAAGCUGGUGCAGAAGCAAGGGAUGUACGUGACCCUUCGGCUCGGUCCCUUCAUUCAAGCGGAAUGGAACCAUGGAGGGUUGCCGUAUUGGCUCAGGGAAGUCGCCAACAUCACCUUCCGGACGGACAAUAAACCCUUCAAGGACCAUAUGAAAAGGUUCGCGACGAUGAUCGUGAAGAAGAUGAAGGAUGAGAAACUGUUCGCCUCUCAAGGAGGUCCCAUCAUUCUAGCACAGAUCGAGAACGAGUACAACAACGUGGCACGAGCGUUCGAGGGCGGCGCAAGAUACAUCAAGUGGGCAGGCAACAUGGCUGUCGGCCUCGACACCGGAGUGCCGUGGGUGAUGUGCAAACAGAAUGAUCCUCCUGGUGAAGUGAUCAACGCAUGCAAUGGAAGGAACUGUGGAGAUACAUUUCAAGGCCCAGACGAUCGGACGAAGCCUUCCCUUUGGACCGAGAACUGGACAGCUCAGUACAGGGUAUUCGGAGAUCCACCAUCUCAAAGAUCAGCAGAGGACAUCGCGUACUCUGUGGCACGCUUCUUCUCAAAGAACGGAACACUGGUGAACUACUACAUGUACCACGGAGGAACCAAUUUUGGGAGGACAGGAGCUGCUUUCGUGAUGACGAGAUACUACGAUGAAGCCCCUCUGGAUGAAUACGGUUUGCCGAAGGAGCCCAAAUGGGGUCAUCUCAGGGACUUGCACUAUGCAUUGAAGUUGUGCAGCAAGGCUCUUCUAAAGGGAUCUCCUUCCGUCCAAAGCUUCGGCUCGGGUUUUGAGGCUAGACUGUAUGAGAUACCCGAAGACAACGUGUGCGUGGCUUUCCUAACCAACACCAACGCACGAAGAGAUGGGACCGUAAAGUUCAGAGGUACGGAGUACUUCCUCCCUCGCCGCUCCAUCAGCAUCCUCCCUGACUGCAAGACUGUGGUGUACAACAAUCAGAUGGUUAACUCUCAGCACAAUGCGAGAACAUUCAAUCCAGCAAAGGAAGACAGCAAGAACAACAAGUGGCAGAUGUACGUGGAGCAGCCACCAAGCGUACGGGACACCUCCAUUAAAGCCAAAGGGCCUCAGGAACUAGUCAACAUGACCAAAGAUACUACGGAUUACCUUUGGUACGCGACGAGCUUCAACUUGGAGAAAGACGAUCUAUCGAUGCGACAUGACAUCCGGCCUGUGCUCCAAGUCUCGCACCUUGGCCAUGCAAUGCAUGCCUUUGUGAACGGCAAAUACAUAGGAUCUGGACAUGGAACCAAAAUCGAGAAAAGUUUUGUCUUCCAGAAGCCGAUGGAUCUGCAGGCAGGAACCAAUGACGUGGCUAUCUUGGGGAUGACAGUGGGAUUGCCGGAUAGUGGAGCGUACUUGGAACACAGACUCUCCGGGGUUCAUACCGUCGUCGUCCAAGGUCUCAACGCAGGGUCGUUAGAUUUGUCGCAGAACGUGUGGGGGCACAAGGUUGCAAUGGAAGGAGAGAGGAAGGCUAUCUACGACGAGAAGAAAGUGGAUUCCUUUAAGUGGGAGGACCCGAAGAGUGACUCUCCGAUCACAUGGUACAAGAGAUACUUUGAUGCUCCGAACGGAAAGGACCCUGUUGCUGUGGACUUGAAGUCCAUGGGGAAAGGACAGGUGUGGGUCAAUGGCGAAAGCAUCGGUCGCUACUGGGUCUCCUACCUUAGCCCUCUCGGGAAGCCUUCUCAAUCGAUCUAUCACGUGCCGCGAUCCUUCUUGAAGUCAAAGGACAAUCUCAUGGUCGUCUUCGAGGAGCGCGGAGGGAAGCCGGAGGACAUACUGAUCAUGACGGUGAAGAGGGACAACAUCUGCAGCUUCGUCUCGGAGUCCAACCCUCCGCAAGUCAGGUCAUGGGCCAUCAAGAACAGCCAGAUCCAGAGCGUCGUCAACGACUUGAAGCCAGACGCCACCUUGACGUGCACGGGAGAUAAGGUGAUCCGCUCCAUCGUCUUCGCAAGCUUCGGCAACCCCAGCGGGGUCUGCGGCAACUUCACCGUAGGGAGUUGCCAUGCGCGACAGGCCAAGAGUGUGGUGGAGCAGGCCUGCUUGGGGAAGGCCAGCUGCGUGUUGCCGGUGUCGGCGGCGACCUACGGCGCGGACGCGGGAUGUGAGGGGACGACAGCCACUCUCGCAGUCCAAGCCAAGUGUGCCCGGGCGAGCCAAAAGGAUUGAGCUGAUGCCGUUUCUUGCACUACUAUUGUUCGGCAACUACGCGACCGGCUGUAAUUUCGAGGAAGGGAUCGAAUACGAUCUCGUCUUGAGCACUCUGUCACAAUAAUAGAUAAUGGAUCUGAUGAUUACUCUUCA